AUGGAGGCCUUGCUGGAAGGGACUCAAGAUCGGGGACCGACGGGGACGCUGACGUCCUGCGAGGCAGCACUGCGGGAGCUCCUGAGACAGACGCGCGUGACGGUGGCUCGUAGGAGGGCUGAGUGGGAAGGGCAGGCGCGCGCUCUGGAGGCUCGCCCGGCCCUCCGGGAACGCGAACUCAAAACUCUCUGCCGUGGGCCGGGUACGGACCGCGGAGAGCUUGGAGCACCGCACCGGCAGGUGGAAGGGCACGAGGAGGUCCGGCACGAGAUGGCCACGCAGUACAAGCAGGAGCUCGAGAAACUGCAUGGAGAAUUGGGCAGACUGAAGAGAAGCUAUGAAAAGCUACAGAAAAAGCGCAUAAGGGGCUUAUGUGUCAAAAAUCACAGGGACGAUCGGUCUGAAAUUGAGAGGUUAACUGGAAAAAUAGAGGAAUUUCGUCAGAAAUCACUGGACUGGGAGAAGCAGCGCUUGAGUUAUCAGCAACAGGUGUCUUCUCUGGAGACACAAAGGAAGGCUCUGGCUGAACAGUCAGAGAUAAUUCAGGCUCAGCUUGCCGAUCGGGAACAGAAACUAGAGUCCGUGGAACUGUCAAGCCAGUCAGGAAUUCAGCGUCUGAGCAGUCGGCUGGAGCGGGCCCGUGACACGGUCUGUGCCGGUGGGCUGGAGAUAGAGCGCCUCACCGCGAGGGUCAGUGACUUGCUUGGAACUAAUAUGACUGUUAUGCAAGAACAGCGGCAAAAAGAAGAAAAAUUGAGGGAGUCUGAGAAACUUUUAGAGGUUUUGCAGGAAGAAAAAAGAAAAUUGAAGGCAGCUCUUCAGCCACAAGAAAAUUUCCACAAGGCAAGAAUGCAAAAGAAAAAGCUACCAGCAAAAUUAAAGGUGACUGACUCUCAGCACACAGUAGAGACCAUCAGGUCACUGGAGAAGCCUCAGGCAGAAAGGAGGUACACGGCUCAAGGGCAGGAGGAGUCAGACAAGGCGCUGUGCCACCUGGAUGUGACCCUCAAUAGCGAAGAACUUCUGCAAGCGGAGGUGACUCGUCUGGAAGGCAGCUUGGAGUCUGUGAGCGCGACAUGUAAACAGCUGGGCCAGGAACUAAUGAAAAAAUAUGAAGAACUGAAGAAAAUGGAAGUACGUAACAAUGAGUACAGGGCAGAGAUUAAGAAGCUGAAAGGACAGAUUUUACAGGCUGAGCAAAGUCACGGUUCUGUACUAGAAAGGAUGAAGAUGGAAAUCUCCCAGCUAACUCGGGAGUUACACAAGCGAGAUAUCACGAUCGCUUCUGCCAAAAGUUCUUCCUCUGACACCAAAAAGAGACUCAAAGCAGAGAUACAAAAGGCAGAAGAAAAAGCAGUAGAGCAUAAGGAGGUUUUGGAUCAGAUGGAGUCACUCAAGCUAGAAAAUCAUCAUCUUUCUGAAACAGUGAUGAAACUGGAAUUAGGUUUACAUGAGGGUCCCUGGUCUGUAUCUCCUCUUGGUUCAAUCGCUGCAAGAUUUUUGGAAGAGGAGGAACUGAGGUCUCAUCAUAUUCUAGAGCGCCUGGAUACCCAUAUUGAGGAACUAAAAAGAGAUGAAAAGACAGUAAAACAGUUCACCGUCUUGAAGUAGCCACUUUAAAAAAAAAUCACAAACUGGGAAAUAAAAAUAUACCCCAAAGAGUUACUGUCGUCUGAAGUAGCAGCUAUUUAAAAGCAUGAACAUAUAAAA